GUCAAUUGCUGAUAGCUGUCUCGAGUACGAGUACGAGUACUUUACUUACACUUAGUACCCGCAAAAGACAAGAGUAGCAAGAUGGCAGCGGCUGCCAUACGAUCCAGCUUGAAAUUGGGUAUGAUCCCAGCAGAUGGGAUUGGGAAAGAGGUCAUCCCUUGCGCUCAAAGAGUUUUAGAAGCUCUCGGUUCUUCAAUUCCCAGACCAGAAUUCAUACCCCUUCUAGCGGGAUGGGAAGAGUUUAACAAGAAUGGAAAGGCUUUACCGGAGGAAACCAUACGAGUACUCAAAGAAGAAUGUGACGGUGCAAUGUUCGGUUCCGUCUCUUCUCCAUCUCAUAAAGUUCAAGGAUAUUCAUCUCCCAUAGUAGCUCUACGUAAACAUUUAGACCUUUACGCAAAUGUUCGACCAGUAUCUUCAGUCUCAGGAUUGACAGGUCCUAAGAUAAACAUGGUCAUAGUACGUGAAAAUACAGAAUGUUUAUAUAUCAAAAAAGAAGAAAUACAUGAUUCACCUCAAGGUAAAGUAUCAUUCGCAACUAGACAAAUCAGUGAACGUGCAAGUUCUAGAAUUGGGAAAAUGGCUUUUGAAAUAGCUUUACGUAGAGCUGAAGAACGUAAAGUGAAGAAUUGGGAAGGUUGGUGGGAAGGACCUUCAAAAGUUACUAUAGUUCAUAAAAGUAAUGUUUUAAGUGUUACGGAUGGAUUGUUUCGUGAAACUGUUAGAAAGGUUAAAGAGAUGGAUGAGAGGUUUAAAGGGGUUUUGAUGGAAGAACAAUUAGUUGAUUCUAUGGUUUAUAGAAUGUUCAGAGAGCCCGAAAUUUUUGAUGUGGUUGUUGCUCCGAAUCUUUAUGGAGAUAUAAUUUCGGAUGGAGCUGCUGCGUUGGUAGGAUCUUUGGGUUUAGUACCUUCUAUCAAUGCUGGUGAUGAUUUCGUCAUGGGAGAACCCGUACACGGGUCCGCUCCAGAUAUCGAAGGAAAGGGUAUGGCUAAUCCUAUCGCUUCUAUCCGCUCCGCAUCACUCUUACUAGCCUCGAUGGGGUACACCACCCCCGCAGCGAAGAUCAACACAGCGGUAGAUUCCGUACUACUUCAAGGUAAAGUCCUCACCCCUGAUUUGGGUGGGAAAGCCACCACUACGGAAGUCACAGAAGAAAUCAUCAAGCGAUUGUGAUUAUGAUUAUGCAUAUGCAUGAUUUGUAUGCUAUG